CCCACCCUGAAGACAAGCAAGAGCCUUAAAAUACAUUACUGGAGGCCUGCGCCGAGGCGCUUCCCCACUGAGCGGGACGAGGAGUGGGCUCUGGUCGCGCCGGAUUCAUGAUUGUGUGAUUAUAUGAAAAGUUAACUUGGCUCCCGUGCGGGGCGCGUGGGGGGACAUCGUAGAGCACGGGCUCCUCAGCGAUGGGCUCGUGAGAGAGAGAGCGGCGGGUAGAUGCGUGUCGACCGGAGCCGAGCGGCGUGAGCGUGGUACUGUUGUGACAUGUUGUUGUGUGUGUGACAUGUCCCGCUUCAGCGCUACGCUACAGUGAAGGAGGAACAGCAGCCACGACCAGAGCAGCAGCCGGGCAGUGAUGGAAGAGAACCAGCCCGGGGAGCCCGUGGACCUCCGGUGUGCCGAGCAGGCUGAGCUGCUCUCAUUAAUAAUAAGCGGAGAGGAGGAAGCGACGCAAGAGGAGAGUGACCUGGGAGCUGAUCCUGUGUUUCAUCUGGCAGUUGAAACCAAGACAGAUCUGAAAGAGGACGGUCUUGCCAAUGGCCAUGGUGGAGGUGAGGAGGAGGAAUCGGGGGCUGGUAUGGUCACACCUGUCACAUCUCCAGGCACCACCUACUGGAGCAUCACAGAGGGCCCUGACCACCCACUCCUCCUUUCCCCAGUCCCUGGGCCCUCUGGACGAAAACCCAGGGUCCAGAGAGCCUCGCGUCCGGGCCUCAGCCGCAUCCCGGGUCGGGACCACCGCCGCUACUACCACGAGUACUGGCGCAGCGAGUACCUGAUGGACUUUGACCCCCAGCGACACGGGAUGAUCUGCAUGGUGUGCGGCAGCUCGCUGGCCACGCUGAAGCUCAGCACCAUAAAGAGGCACAUCAGACAGAAGCACCCAGACUCCCUGCUGUGGAGCGCCACCGACAAGGAGGUGAUCCGCUCGGGCUGGGAGAACCACCUGAGCCUGGGGGGAGGUCAUAGGUCGUUCAGCUCUGCUGCUGGGCCUUCACCUCAGGAGGAAGAGGAGCAGCUGGACUCAGGCCAACAUGCUGCUGCAGAACCCCUUGACUCUGUGACACCCCAAGAGCAGCCACAACAGCCCCUCAGUCUGUCCCCCCAGUCUGAGGAGGUCGAGGCCCCGCAGCCUCAGGAGGAGGAGGAGGAGGAGGGGCAGGAUCUCCCUGGACCGUCGGCUCGGACCCUGGAGCGCUACCUGAACGACUCGCUGCACGCCUGGUUCCGCCAGGAGUUCCUGAUGGAGUACGAGGCGGAGGCGGGCCGGCUGCUGUGCAUGGUGUGUGGAGGAGAACUGCCCUCACUUCACCUGGACCACAUCAAGAGCCACGUGCUGGACACCCACCCCAACUCCUUGGUCUACAGCUCCGAGGAGAAGCACUGCAUCCUGCAGGCCUGGGCUCAGACUCAUGAAGAGUCAGAAAACUCAAUCAAAUCAGAGCCCAGCACCAAAGAUGGCGGGGUGGACCUCUUUGCUCAGGAUGUGGAGGCCAUCCAGAUCAACACGGACUUGUACCCAGAAGGCGAUGGCACUUUAACUCAGGACACUCGUCUUAUUGGUGAGGACGGUGGCGUCGGAGCUCCGCAGCAGGGACCCCAGCCCCUCCGCCAGCCGAAGAAGCGGCGGCUGCGCGGGGGCGACCCGUGGCGGCUCCGCCUCGACUACCUGGUGGCCUACGGGCCUCAGGGCCAGGACACGUUCUGCAUGGUGUGCUCUCAGGUCCUGCACGAAACCAAGGUCAGCAGCUUCCGCCGCCACAUCCAGGAAUGUCACCCUGACACCACGACCCUGAGCCGGCAGGAAAGAGAAGCCAUGGCUGCCGCCUGGACCAAAGAUUAUUCUGGGGGAGGGAUGCAGAGUCAAGAUGCAGAAAUCAACCCGAUAGAGGCGACCAUAGGAGAGACGAAUGAGGAUGCCACCCAUGAUGUCAUGACGCCCAGUAAAAUGGUGAAGAGGGAGGAGGGUGGUAGCGGGCGGAAGGGUAAAGCACGGGAUAGCGCCGCCACAGCAACAGCCGCGGCCACGGCCACGCCCUCUCGUCACGGCCAUUACCCCGGGAAGGACCAGAGGAGAAACUACCAGGUGCGCUGGCGGAUGGAGUACCUGAUGGACUACGACUGCAGGAGGCACGGGCUGAUCUGCAUCGUGUGCGGAGCCACUCUGGCCACGCUGAAGGUCAGCACCAUCAAGAGGCACAUCCAGCAGGUGCACCCCCACUCCCUGGACUACAGCCCGGAGGAGAAGCAGCAGGCCUUGCUGAGCUACAACCAGACCGCCUUGCACUUCAUCCACUCUGACGACUGCUUCUCCUCCCAGGACCACGGACACACAGAGUUGGCUCCCAGUCCAGCACAGUUUGGCACUUAGAAAGGGCUUCAGUCCUCACGUGGCCCGUGUUCAGAGACAGCCCUCCACUUUCUCUCUUAAAAGGGAAAUUCAGAUCAAACAUGGUCUUACUCUCCUCUUCCUGCUCCUCCCUCUCUUUGACUUCCUUAAUCUCUACAAUCAGGUGCUGAGUUAAAUGUUCCCAGUUGUCAUAAGAGAGUGAGACCAAGGUUGAGAAACACUGGAAUUUCCCUUGAAAUCUAAAUCUGAGCACUGCUGUGGAUAAUGUGGCAGGUAGCAACUGCUGCAAAGGAAAUGACAACAACCUAAAAACGUCAUGGCCUAAAAAAAUAAAAGUCCAGACACUCAUUUGAAACUAAAGCCUUAUUUGCACAGGAACAGUGUUACAUGAGGACCUCAGAGGAUUUAUCACUCAAAUCUCUAUGUGCACACGUACAUGGAUAUAUCUACCAAGUCCUAACAACGUUCACCAAGCUUUUAUAGGUUCCAUUAACACAGACCAUACAUGAAACCAAGACAGCUAAAUAAACUUCUGGCCCAACAUAUGCCUUGGUCCUUGGCCCAAGUCUGGCCCAUAUACUUCCACAUCUGGGCAGAUUCAGGCUAUUAUGUGUGCGCACCAGAAUAGUCCAGUGGCAUCUGACAGUCAUGCUGUAUAUGGGCCAGAUUCAAUUUUGGAACCGGGUGUAUACUGGACCAGAAGGAAACGUGUUGAGUGUGCUGUAGUGGGCAUAAUGCAUUCACUUGAGAAAAGAAUUGUGCUCUGUUUUUCUGAAUUAACGAGAUGACUAUCUCAGAAUUCUGAUAAUUAAACAGAGCGGAUUUUUUUUCACAAGUCAAUGCAUUACCCUUCCUUAGGAUGCUGAUUCAAACAGGCAAAUUACAGCCUGUACAUCUACAUUAGAAAUGUUACUUUACAGAUUAAUACCACAAUUAAUCACACAGGCGCCCCAGUUAAAGGCCUGGUCAGACCUGCAUUCAUGAUUUCACAGCAAAACUUUCAUAUUUGUAUUUAACAGAUUUUCUCAUGAAAGUGGCUUAAAUCUUAGUUUUUGCAUGAGGUCGAACUUUGGUCAAUUUUGCAAAUUGACCAAAAAUGAUCUGUCUUAGUGCUGACUUUUGAAGAAACGUAGAGCUGGGAAGGAAGUUUUCCUCUGUAUAACCCUCUGAACAAAAGAAGCAUUAUUUGCAGUUGCGUGAAAAAAGUUGAUGGUACAAAUACGUCUCUUGAACUUCUUGUCUGCUAACCGGCAGUUAGCAAGCCAGCUAGCUUGGCGGGUUAUAGAGCGCUGUCGUCACCUUCAUGCUAGCUGCUCGUCCUUUAGCAUGAUUGUGUCAUAAUUUUAACAAAGUUAAUGGAUCACUUUGUUAGCAUACGAGGUCAUUUUAGCAGCCUGGCCUCAAAACCCAGAAGUUCCACUCUUGUGUUUCUGCUAGCACUACCAUGUUCCUGGCUAGCUAGCAUGUAAACUGUUAGCUCAGUAGCUACAGCAGCUAACCUGCUAGCUUCGCAAGUUUCAGGAGGACAAACUUGUGAAUGUUGCUGAAUCAGUUUCGUGUCUGACCAGGACUAAUACUGAAAAUGGGGCUUUAGUUAUUAAAACACCUAGUGCUGGACUUUUAGUUUUUAAUGGCACACUGAAAUAUUUGUAGUCACAUUUCAUGUCUACCUAAUGAUCUUUCAGGUCCAGGAGGGGCCUGGGGCUGGUUUCUGGUUGGGGCCAGAGUCUUUCGCUCUCAGGAAGUUAGAACCAGAGUCUUCGGCGAGGCUGAGCUGAACUAGUUUUACGAUAAUGUGUCUGAAGACAACACAGCACUUUGCCCUAAAAAUGUAUUAAACCCCAGUUUUCCUUGUGUACAGCUAAUAGAAUGAGACUGUGUUUGAUGUUAUUGCUGAAGACAAUGAAUGCCAGCGUGCAGUCAGUGAGUUCAGAUCUCUAGUGUAUUUAAUUCCUUGUUUACAGUGGAGGAGAAGGACGUCCUCCUCCCUCUCAUUCAUUAUAAUGAGAUAUGUUAUCUCUGUCAUUUUGCAUUGUUGUUACACCUGCCUGCAUCAUCAUCCUCUUCAUCAUCCACAACUCAUUUUAGCUAAAAGCUGCACAAAAAAGAAUAUGUAAAUACAUAUAUGAAAAAUUAGAAUUAUUUUUCCUUUAUACAAGCACUUUUAUGCACCCUGGUUUCUACAAAACAUGUUUGUAAUUAUGUCCAGUUUUUCUACUUCAUUCAAGAUUUGAACUGUGUCGUUCUUUGAUGGCUGGAGAGUAGCUUGUUGGACUUUUGCAUUCACUUUGAAACGUUUACUAGAGCUUUGGUACGGCUUCAUUUUUUCAUUCACUGUACAGAGUUUAUGCAACAAAAGGAGUUGAAGAAAAACAGCUGUCUGUGAAAGAAAGGUCUGCCAUGAAAUGUCACUUCUUCACCUGGAAAAUGUAACUCAGGGAUUCUGUUUUCAUCCACAAACAUUUCAUCAGUGAUCUUUAAGAUAUAUACACGUGUCUGCUGUGGGUUGUAUUAGGGCCAGAAUAAACUCAUAAUGUUAGGAGAAUGAAGUUGUAAUUUUAAGGAAAAAGUCACAAUAUAAAAAAGUAAAUAUUAUGGAAAAACGGUUAUAUUUUGAUUUUUAAAAAGUCAUACAAUUAGAAUAAGUUAUUAUCAGGAAAUCCUGUAAUAUUAAAAGAAAAAAACGAAUUAUUUUGAGAAAAAAUUGAGGAUUUAAAUUAAGUUGUAAUUUUAAGGAAGAAGUCAUAAUUUAAAAAAGUAAAUAUUAAGGAAAACCAGUUAUAUUUUGUUUUGUUUUUUUUAAUGCGUUCUAAAUUAUAAUAAUUUAUUUGGAAAAAGUCAUUAGGAGAAAAUGCCAUAAUAUUUCAAGAAAAAGUUUUUGUAAUAUUUUUGAGAAAAAAGUUGAUUUAAAUUAAGUUGUAAUUUUAUGGAAGAAGUCAUAAUAUAAAAAUAAAUAUUUUGAAUUGGUUAUUUGAUUUUUAAAAAGUCAUUCAAUAAGAAUAAGUAAUUUGGAAAAAGUCAUAACAAGGAAAUGCCUCAAUAUUUCAAGAAAAAAACUUAUAUUGAGAAAAAUUUUGGGGUUUAAAUAAGUUUUAGUUGUAAUUUUACAGCAAAAGUCAUAAUAUUAAAAAAGGAAAUAUUUUGGAAAAUUGUAAUUUAAAAAAAAGUUGUACAAUUAGAAUAAUUAAGUAAUUAGGAAAAGCUUUAAUAUUUCUAGAAAAAAAUUGUAUUAUUUUUGAGGAAAAAGUUAUUUUAAAGAAAAAAUCAUAACAUGAGAAAACGUUAUAUUUUGAGAAUAAACUGUAAUACUUCUAAAUGAAGUUGUGAUUUUUACAAAAUAUAUUAUAAAAGACUGUGAGGAAAACUAAAACACAUGUAAUUUAACCAAUCCAGGCUCCUCACAACAUAUGACAUUUCAUACUCAAAUAAAAAAAUAUGACUUUAUUUUUAAGAAAUUACAACUUUAUAUAGAAAUACUGUGAUUUUUGUCUCUUUAAAUUCAAAAUAAUAAUUGCAACUUGUUCAUUUAACAUUACAUUUUCUCAAAAUAUUUGGAGCAGUGGCCCGGUCAAUCUGUUGUACAUAAAUGUGACGACAUAAAUUCUGAAAAGUUCAAUUUUUGAAGAAUGAUCAGACCUGACUUGUGGAUAUAAAGCCCAGGCAGACUCUCCCUGCUUCACUCAGCAGAGACACAGUCAUAUUUACAUUUCAUUGGUCCACUUUGGCUCACUAUAGAAAUCUGACAUAGCACUUAAUUAUUUAAAAUGAAGUAAGAUACAGUGGAAUGACGAUGUGAUAAUGAAUUUUCUUGUGUUUGUGUGUGUGUUUGUGUGUGUGUGUGUGUGUUUAUACUGUGUGAAUGACCAGCCUCUCAUUCUUCACUUAAACUUUGUCGGCUCACCUCUCAUCUGUACAUGGCCAACAUGUGAGAUAUGCAUUCUCUCCUCCUAUGAUCUUUGAAUAAAAACUCAACACUG